AUGUGGUUCCGCCACGAGAUCCCUGGCAAACGGCAAUCCCUGCCCAAAAGAAGAGGGUUUGCAAAACAAAUCUUUACAUACAAAGUAGCAAUAAGGGCGCAAUUUGAGCGGAUCAGUCGUAGCUAUUUUCACCCAUCACGAAAGCGAAACCCAAGCCCAGGGCAGUCAAUAUCCCUCAGCCGCCACCGAUCACGACUGCAAAACAAAACAAUCGCCAGCCGCAGACCGAUUGCGCGACAGCGAACUGAGCGCGACAGCUUAGAGAUCGGGGAAAUGUCUCCAUUCGAGGCGCCGUCGCCGUAUAACCAGAGGAGUCGGAACAAAGCAUGGAUUGAUUCCGGCCCUCGAGGAGCAAGAGAUCCAGAUUAUCUAUGGGGAGAAUGUUGGCAUCGGUUCAAUACCAUGCAAAUCCCGAUGUACGACGUGAAAGCAUACUUCGACACUGCAAUGGCCCUGGCAAAAGCCUCCAAAGACAAAGAAGAUUUCGAGAAGAAGUUUGAGAAAGCAAAGCAACGGCAAUAUAAGGAGAUGUUAGACUUUAUGCAUAAAUCCUCGCUCAGGACGAUUUAUGAAGACAAACUCUUUGCAUGCGAGGCCGCUGAAAACACCACGUUUGACGCCUGUCGGUCUGGGUGUCUUGAGCAUUUUAUGCGGUUACUAAAGGGCACUGCCUUUGGCUGGGAAGCAGACGAAGUGGAAGAGGAGGCACAACCCUCCAUCGAAGAAGAGAGGCCAGAGCAUCAUCCCCUGGACGAUUACGACGGUAGCUAUCCACUGGAUAUUCCCCCAGAUUGGGAGACCCAAAUCGACCCUGGAUAUGACUGUGGUUAUCACAGCCCUCGAGCACGCGAGGCCAGGCUCAAAAGCUACGAAAAUAGUAUCUAUUUCAUAGGUACUUAUACCGAAAUUAUGAUACCUACAUCCGAUGGUGGCGCUCCGAGAGCUCUCGGUUCAAACGAUCCGGUUUCUUCAGAAGAGCAACCCCAGUCACAUGCCUUAAACGAUGCGCCCACCUCAGCGAUAGGGAAUGAAAGUAGCACACAAGAGGGAAGGGGGCGUCUGGGUAGUUCGUUUGAUGAACGGACCUCGACUUCUCCUAAGAAGAGAGUCCGAUUCCAGGAGGAUGAUGACCUCAGCAAUCAGGAGCCUACGAGGCGGAAAUUGGCACCCACACCUCAUGGUUGCACUCCGAGAGGUCUCGGUUCAAACGAUGCGGUUUCUUCAGGAGAGCAACACCCGUCACUUGCCUCAAACGAUACGCCCACCUCAGCGAUAGAAGAGGAAAGCAGCGCAGAAGAGGAAUGGUGGCCUUUGGAUAGUUCGUUUGAUGAACGGACCUGGACUUCUCCUAUGAAUAGAGUCCGAUUCUACAACAAGGAGGAUCUCGGCAAUCAUGGGCCCAAGAGGCGGAGAUUGAAUGAAUCUCCUCGGCAUACUCCGUCAACUCUAACCCCUCCUGCAACUCAACAAGAAACAGAUGGGAGCUCUUCCAAAAAGAAAUCAAGGCUCAGUGACGAUGACGACAACAACAGUGAUGAUGACAUAGGUCGCGAAAGUCAAAGGCUGGAAAGCUUGCCCUCGCCUCCAAAGCAUGAUCCGUCAUCCAACAAAGUCACAUCGAUAGACGAUCCACCCGAGAACAAUCCAGUUUCAUCACCCGAAGCACAAGAAACAGACAGGAUCAAGAAAAAACAACGCAAGCGUCGAAUUUCCAAGCCCACUAUGCCCACGUCACGCACUAGGUCUUCUCGAAGCACGCCCAAGUCCAGCUCAUUACGGAAUUCCAAAUCAUCUGCGUUUUGGGAGUUAGAUUCUUCAGGCAAGCCACAUUAUAAUUCACAACGCUAA